AUGCCAUCUCAUCCAUACAGGAAGAACCCCCAGGUCUGCCAUACCCGACCUGAACAUGGCCGCAUAACCUAUCUCUCGCAAGACGACUUUGGCCCUUUACAGGGCUCCAGCCUCUUUCCCAAGUUGGCCGAUUUCAACCUCACUGUCCCUGGCCUACCUGGUGGCCUAGGGCAUGUUUUUGCCAUCCAAUCUCACCGCUUUCGUGGCCCAGAGGUGCUGCUCGGUUGUGCUUGGUCGUACAGUGCCGACAUCUGGAACUUUGGUCUUUUUCUGUGGAACCUCCUGGAAGACACCAGCCUGUUCGACCGGCCUGCUGGCGAGGAUGGCGAAUACGACGCACACAUCCACCUUGCACAGAUUGCUUCUCUCCUCGGAGAGCCUCCGGAGGAACUCAUCAAAAGGGAGCGACUCUUUCGCGAACUCCAUCUAAAAGCGCCGAUUCUGGACCUACGCGGCAAGGAGUGCAGAACUAUGAAUGAGUUCUGGGGUGGGCCUUUUUUCGCUAAUGAUAACCAGAUGUUCCGUAGGGAUCUUCUCACCGGCGGCAAGAGCCUGGCAGAUGCGGUGACGGAACUAGCCGGUGAUGAGAAGAAGAAAUUUCUUGACCUCGCAUCUAGCAUACUCCAAUGGCUACCUAAAAAGAGGAAGACUGCCAAGGAGCUGCUGAGCCAUCCCUUUUUCGAAGAGAUUCGUAACGAUCGCGACCGGCAUCAGAGCGGAUGA